AAUUACUCCUAUAACUAGAAUUGAAUAGUUAUAAAUGAUUUUUAUAUUUUUAGGCUUUGUAAAUUGGUUUUGAAAACUAAACUUACAAAAAUCUAAAUUAUUAAAAGGAUGAAAGUGGGUUGUAAAAAGCAAUUCAUACUGUAAAUCAAAUUGAGAUUAUCUAACUUUAAUUUAACAAGCGUUUAUAAAUAAAUAUGUUAAGAAUAAUUAAAUACAAAAAUUAGACAUAAUAAAAAACCACAUCCUUUGCUUUUAUUAAAAAAUUUAAGUUUUAUUUAAUAUAUAUAAAAAUAAAAUAGAUAAAAAAAUAUGAGUUCAGUUUAACUUGAAAAUCAAUUUUUAUAAGUGUAAAUUAACUACAUUUAAAAUAAUACUACAAGAAAACAGUUAUUUGAAAACAAAAUGUUAUUUCUAAAACAUUAAAUUUAGACUUUUUAUAUUUUUUAUAAGGCAGAAUUAGAUUUUUAACAAGUAAUGAAUUUUCAUUAAGUAGAUGUAGACUUACCUACCUAAAAAUAACUAUUGUAAUUAAUUUUUCCUUUUUAUAUAUUCCUUAAAUUAGCUUUCUAGCUUUCAAAAUCAUUCAUAUUGUGUAAUUAAAUUAUUUAUGAGUUAUUCAUUAUCAGAUAUUUAUAUUUAUUUUUUAAAAAAAAUCAUCAAUUGCAAAUAAAAAUAAGUAAUUGCAUAAUAAGCUCUAUAUAAAAACAUAUAGCCAUAUUUUCAAAAAUAUUUUAAAAUAAAUAACAAUCAAACUAACACAGUACUAUCUUAAAAAUAUGGGAUCUGAGUAAAGUAGCUCUGUUUUAUCCACAGACAAUUAAUUUUAUAUGGAAUGUAAUUAACGCAUAAACAUCAAAAAAAGUUUAUCACAAUACUCUUUUUUAAAAAUUAGAUGUCUCUAAAAAGAAGAUGACAGUAUCAAAUUUAACAGCAAAAUUAUAAAUUGAGGCAGUAGAGGUAUGCAAUCUAAUGAAUUUCCUUGAAUAAAAUUAGUACCUAAUUAGUGACUAAGAGUUAGGAAGAGGUGGUUCGGGAAUAGUUUUAAGUGGUGAAAAAAUGGAUAGGUAGCCUAUUGCUAUUAAAAUAGUAAAGUGUAUAAAAAGGGGAUAAGUAGAAGGUAUGGUAAAAGAAUUUAAUAUACUAAAAUCUAUCUAAAGCACUCAUGUUGUAGAGGCUUAUGACUUAUUGUAAUAUGAAUCUCCAAACAUUAACAUCCUAAUCACAAUCAUGGAUAAAUGCGAAUGUAAUCUAACAACAUAUCUUAGAUCAAUUAGAUACUAAUUUGAAAAAUAAUAAUAUGAAGAAAAAAUAUAUGAAAUAUGCAGAUAGCUCAUAAAGGGACUUAAUGAUAUUCAUUCAGCUAACAUCCUUCAUUUAGAUAUAAAACCAAGCAACAUUAUGAUGGGAAGAGAUAAAUUAUGGAAAUUCAUUGAUAUGGGAAUCUCUGUGAGACUUGAAGAAUAGCACUUUAUUAGCAGCUUUGGACUCACUUAACUUUAUUCUUCUCCUGAAUAAUUUAAAUGUUAUAUGGCUAAUAUGCAAAAAUCUUCAUCAGUAAAAUAACAAAUAAAUAAGUAAAGCGAUAUUUAUUCACUUGGUUUAGUUUUCUUAGAAAUGACAGGUGUUAAUAUGGAUAAAAAUAUAAUAAUGUAAGUAAAAUAGAAUUAACCAGCUGCAGAAGGCUUAAAAGGAAUCUAGUUGAAUUCUCAAUUCAAUAAAUUUAACACUAAUGUCAUCCUUCAGAUGGUUUAGUUCAACUAAGAAAGUAGACUUAAUACAGAGUAUAUAGACAAAUAAUUGUAAAGCCUCUAUUUAGAAAUAUAGAAAAGCGGGUAAUCUGAAAAUAGUUAUCCUACAAACUAAAAUUACAAAUCUCAUCCUCUAUCAAGAUAAUCAACACUUCCUAUUUCUAAUUCAUAAAAUGUUAUGAUAGCAAGACAAUCUUCAUUAAAAACUGGUUUCCUCCAAAAUUAAGAAUAAUAACAAUAAUAAAGCAUAAGCACAUUAAAUUAUAUUCAAGAUCCCUCAACCUAAGUGUCUUCCAAUAAUAUUAAUAAUUAAUCUAUUUCUCCUCCAAAUACAAAUUAUUGUACCAAUCAUAUAUUUAAAACAUAAAAUAUACAAUCUAAUUUAUAAAAGAACUCAUAUUAAUGCUAACAAUAUUUUAAUAAGAGUCCACAGAGUAACAAUAGUCAUCAAUAAAUAAGUAGUAAAGUAUUUGAUUAAACUUCUGAUUUUAAUAAGAUUAGCAGAGAAAGUGAUUUUUAAAAUAAUAACUACAAAAAGCGCUAUUCUGUUUUGACUCAAUUUUAAUAGUAUUGAUUGAACAUUGAAUGUAAAAUGAUAAUAAUAUUAAAAUUUUUCAAAAAAAAUAUCAAAAAAUAUUAAUUGUAAACAACAAAAAAGUUUAUUAAUUAAUUAACUAAAUAAAUAAAUAAAUAAUACAUUUCUAAUCAAUAAAAAAUAAAUAAUUUAAGUACUAUAAAACAAACAAACAAAUAAUUUGAAAUAAAUAACUAGCUAGUUGGCUUUCUUGCUUGUAGCUGACUUGUUAGCGAAUAAACAAAGAUAACUAAUUAAUUUAUAGUUAUUAAAAUAAAUUCUUUUAUAAAAUUACAUAUAUUAAUUUGAUUUAUUUAUAUUUAUGUAUAUAUAAGAUUUCUAAAUAGUUAAUAAUAUUAUCAAAAUCAAAUCAAAUUAAAUAUCAAAAUAUUUAAUCAAAUCAUUUCAUUUUUUGUAUAUAUAUUGUUAAAGAAAUUAUGUUUAAUAAUUUAUGUAAAUAGUUAUUAAAUUAUUAACUAAUAUUUGAUGAUUUGUUUGUUGACUUGCUUAAUUAAACGCACUUCAACUAAUACUUUAUUCUUCGUUUUAUAAAAAUUAUUCAUAUUACUCUUUCGUUAGUUCAAAUACAACUUAGUCAUCAGAUACUCCAUUUAAUUAUGCUCCAAUUUCUUAUCUUUUGAAAAUUUAAAAUCCAAGUUUUAAGCCUACAUUUUAACUUCUUAGAUUGCUAGAUUUUGUGAUUAAUAUAAAUCUUUAUAUUUAGUACUAUUAAAGGGCAUAUUCUAUCAUAAAUUUCAUACAUUUUCUUAAAAUACCUUUACCUUAAUAGUCUUUGUCCAUCAUAUAUCCUACUUCAGCUUCUUUUUUUGUAAGAUCUAUAGUCCUAAAACAAAAAAAGCCAGCUACAUUUUCAUUUUGCAUUAUGUAGUAGCAUGAUUUUGUACCUUGCAAAUAUGCUUAUUGCCAUGUAUCUAUCAACUUUUUAGAGUCCUCGAUAGUGUUAAAACUUUACACCCAUGGAAUGGUAUUUAAAAAUAUAUCUCUAUUUUUUUAGAUAAAGUUGUACAAGACUGUGUAGUCUACACAAAGUUCAAGUCUAAAAUCAUUAUCUAUCUUUAUAGUUUAUUCUAUUUUUAUCUCUUAUUAAAAUUGCAUUGAGAAAGUAGAAAAGUAACAAAAAAUCAAAAAUGUAUCUAAA